AUGUACAAUUUUGUAAAAAUAUUUCAAUCAAAUUUUAUAGGUAUAAACACAAUAAAUAAAUUGGAGAUUUUUUUAAAAAACAUAUUUAGAAUAUAUAGAACUCCUGGUAGGACUCAUCUCUUAGCUCAUGCAGCUGAUGUAUCAUCAAUAUAUGCAGUAAAGAAAAUUUAUAAUUAUAUGAAAAAUGAUGAUGAAGGAAAAUUAAUACUUAAAGAAAAGCCUUUAUUAAUAAGACAAGAAAUAUGUUUUAAUGAAUUAAAAAAUUUGCCUAAAAACACAUUAGGAUAUAAAUAUAUGGAAUUUUUGGAGACUUAUAAAAUACAUGCUCAUGAUAGAGAAGUUGCUCAUUUUUUUAAUGAUGCAAAUUAUUCAUAUAUAUUAACCAGAUACCGACAUAUACAUGAUAUAGCACACGUAGUUUAUAAUUUAAAUAUAUCAAUUGAAUCAGAAGCAGCACUAAAAUUAAUAGAAUUGAUACAAACAAAAUUACCUAUAACACUGCUAGCAAUUCUAGUUGCUCCUUUUAUGACCCCUUUAUAUCGUUUUCAAUAUAUUUUCAAAGAUAAAAUUCCUAAGAAAUUUUUAAGUACUGAUUUUGAUUUUACAUAUAAUGAUUUAUUCAAUUAUACGGAUGAAUUAUCCAUUAAGCAAUAUGAAUACAAUCUAACUGAUUAUUUUCAUGUUGAUAAAAGAGAAGAUCCUUCUUUCUACUAUAAAUUAUAUAAAUAUUAUUUUGAUAAUCUAAAUAAUUCAAACCAUGUAAGAGGGUCUAUAAUAUAUGGAUUUAAAAAUAAAAGUAAUAACGACAUUUUUUAUGAUAAAUUAAACAGUGAAUAUGUAUAUAUAAAAAAUUUUGAAAAAAAAUAUCUUCUUUUUCAAUAUAAGCCAAGAAAAACAUUAUUAAAACAACUAUAUCCAUGGGCAUACAAAGCAGGAGCAUCAAUAACAAAACCUUUACAUUCAAUUUAUAUUGAAAAAUGGUUAGAUAAGGAUAUUGAUCUAUUUAGAAAGCAUUAUAACAUAAUACCACUUCCAUCACACUUAAAUUUAAUGGCAGGAAUUAAUUAA